AUGGCCCUCUGGAUCUCAAAGUUCGGGAGGCUCGGAGGGAGAAAGGGGGGAGGCAAGAUAGAAAGAAGAAAGGGGGAGGCGCCGCGGCCAUGCGCCGGCGGAGCCAUCCCUCAACCGCUGUCGGCGAGCCUCGCCGGGCGCGGGAAAGAUGACCCCGCCGCCGCGGUUAUGGUUUCGAAUGAGGCGUACACUAAAAGAAACGCUGCUGGUGUACUUGGCCUUUCUAGUCUGCAAAAGAUUACUGCAGCAUUUCAGAUGUUAACUUAUGGAGUAGCAGCUGAUGCUACAAAUGAUUAUGUCCGUAUUGGUGAGAGUACUGCUAUUGAGAGUCUGAGAAGGUUUGUCAAUGCUGUUGUUGAGGUUUUUGGAGAUGAGUACUUGAGAUCACCUAAUGAAGAUGAUACUGCUAGAUUACUUUCCAUUGGAGAGAGUAGAGGUUUUCCUGAUAAAGAUCUUUGGAUUUGGCAUGCUUUUUUUGGGAUGCCUGGUUCCCACAACGACAUCAACGUUUUGCACCGAUCUUCUUUAUUCGCACGAGUAGCUGAAGGUCAAGCUCCAAAGGUGAAUACCAUUAAUAACAACGAAUAUACAAUGGGUUAUUAUCUUGCUGAUGGCAUAUAUCCCUCGUGGGCCACAAUUGUGAAGAGCAUACCUGAUCCACAAGGUAACAAGAAGAAAUAUUUUGCAACUGCCCAAGAAGCUUGUAGGAAGGACGUGGAACGAGCGUUUGGGGUUCUACAGUCUCGUUUCGCUAUCGUUAGGGGGCCAGCUCGAUUUUGGGAUGAAGACACCAUCGGACAAAUCAUGAGGGCUUGUGUCAUUAUGCACAACAUGAUACUUGAGGAUGAGCGCGAUGAAGAAGAUGAUUUAAAUUAUGAUGGGGUGGAGAAAAGGUGA